GUUUAGAGGCGAGCCAGCCUAAAAUGUCCUGUACACUAAUAAUCCUUCCCCAACUUGCAGUAGCAGACAAGAAGAACAAGUAUACUGCUUUACAGCCCACAAACCCAAUUAUACCAAAUUAUAUUUCCAAUUCUCACUCUUUUAGCUCAUCUUCAUCCUCUUCCUGUACAGUCACUUCAAAACUAGUUACUAUUUGUUAAAUUAACCAUCUUUUCCAAGUUCAGACAUCAAACUAUAAAAAGGGUAGUUCAAAAAACUGUAAAUAUUUGGUGGGUUUGUUUAGUGAGUGUCUUGUUUGGUGGAUGUUGUUAUUAUAAGAUGAGAGUGUUGUUGUCGGCGCGAGGUCUCUUUCUGUCGGCAUUGUCUGUAUUUUCGUUUAUUUAAUUCAAAAGCACAACAACACUUGAUUCAUUUUUGUACAUUCCCCUUCAUUCUUGUUCUCUUCUUCUUUGCAGCUGUAUCUUUUGUCUCCUUUGACAUUUGUAAUUUCAAGACUCGUUCUGGAUCAUUGCUGGGUUUUUCUUCAGGUUUUUUAGACUCUAGUUGUUUAGAAUUUUAAGACAAAGGGAUUUUUGGUUUUUGUUUUUUGUUUAAUGUGGGAAUGUGGAUGAGUUUUUAAAUCUGUUGGCUGUGGUAUUUGGAUGCUUACUUGAGACUGUCAUUGGCAAAUGAAUUUGAGGAUUCUGGAGGUUUGGCUGCAUUUUUUCUCUGGAAAUACAGGUUCGAUGUAUAUUACUUCAUAUACGAGUAAUACUUCACUUCGUAGUUGAAGUGCCUCUGCCUCCCAUACCAAAUGUCAAAGACUCUUGCAGCCGUAUUAGGUGGUGCUGCAGGAGUCGUGGCGUUGAUGGGAGUAAUUAUCUUUCUUAUAUGGUUCUGUAUAUAUCACAAGAAGAGUGUUUCGAGAACUUCGGAGACAGGGUCUUCAGAUCCUUCUAUCCAAGCAAGGGGAAGACAUGUUGGGGUUGAAUUUUCUUUACGAGAAGCCAGGCGUUUCGAGAUGGAUGAACUAUCUCAAGCCACAAAAUCUUUUUCUGAUAAAAACUUGAUUGGAGUUGGAAAAUUUGGGGAAGUCUACAAGGGUUUGCUUAAUGAUGGGAUUCUUGUCGCCAUCAAGAAGCGACCUGGUGUAUCUAGUCAGGAGUUUGUUGAUGAGGUGCGGUAUCUUUCACCUAUUCAGCAUCGGAAUCUUGUGACUCUUUUGGGCUACUGCCAGGAAAAUAGUCAGCAAUGUCUUGUCUACGAGUAUGUUCCUAGUGGAAGUGUUUCCAGUCACUUGUACGGACCCAGUCAAUUUUCGAAUGGGAAGCUAGAAUUCAAGCACAGACUGGCAAUAGCCCUUGGUGCAGCUAAAGGUUUGGCUCAUCUUCACUCUCUGAGUCCUCGUUUAGUGCACAAAAAUUUCAAAACAGCCAAUGUUCUUGUAGAUGAGAACUUUAUUGCCAAGGUUGCAGAUGCAGGACUUCGUAAUUUCUUGGGAAGAGUAGAUGUUGCAGGUCCAUCUUCACAAGUCACAGCAGAUGAGAUAUUUCUUGCACCAGAAGUGACAGAAUUCAGACGAUUUUCCGACAAAAGUGAUGCAUUCAGUUUUGGUGUUUUCCUUCUUGAGUUACUAAGCGGACGAGAAGCAACAGAUUCAUCAUCUUCAGACUCCAGCCAAAACCUGGUUGAAUGGGUUCAAAAUACGGAGGACUAUAGCGCCUUUUCUCGCAUUGUUGAUCAAAGGAUGGGGACCAGCUUCACAGCUGAAAGUAUGGAGGCGUUCAUACAAUUGAUAAUCCGAUGCCUGGAACCUUCGAGCGAAAGGCGACCUGCCAUGAGCUAUGUGGUGAUGGAACUUGAUCGGAUACUCGACAAAGAGAUGACCUUAACCACAGUCAUGGGUGAAGGAACUCCAAUUGUGACUCUUGGAAGUCAGUUAUUUAAAUCAUCAAAAUAAGAACACAAAUUAUUUGCCUCCAAAAUGUUAAAAGAGUGUGAGUUUUGUUUACUUAUAGUUGACUUUGAUUUUGUAUUUGUUCCUCUUAUCUGUUUAUUUGCCUCUUUUUUGAAAUGUUAGAGAAGAAAUUCAGCUGUUUGGUCUAAGUGUAUAAAAGAACAGCUGUGUUAUUUUUUCAUUUUUUCCCCCUUUGUCAAAAAUGUAUGCGAAUUCUUAUUGUAAUCGAUUGUUUGUUGUUAAUAUCAAGUGAAAGUUGAGAUUUGUGUA